AUGAAUCAAUACGAUAAGACGAGAUACGACGUGAUUUCUCACCUCACUGAUAUUCCAUUUCUUGGAAAACAAUAUGUUCCAGGACUUUGGAAGCAGUUCGAAGGAGAAAAUUAUCAAUCAAUACCUCAACAGCAGGCCGGACAGGAACUAAUAAAUCAAAGGACUCACACGUCAACGACUACUGCGCAGAACGAACAACUAGGACGAGCUAGCAGCAGUGCGCAAAUCGGAGGAGGUAGUCGAGUUAUUGAGAAGCGCUCCUUGCCAACAUCUUCCAACAACGCAGUCACCUCUCAAUUUACUGCUCCGGCACCAAAGAUUCCACGUAUCUAG